AUGAAUGUAAACAUGCCUUUGAAAUUGCUGCAUGUGUAUCGAGUUCAAAUAAGUGCCGAUCUGAGAAAAAUAAUGCUUAUUAAAAUGAAAUUAGUUAGCUUAUUGUUAUUUAAAAAAUAAAUUAUUUUAUAUUAUAAACUAUAUUAUUUUAUAUUACUACUCUAAGUACUUAUGUAUCCUGUUAAUAAAUCUCAUUGAGUACUUUUUUAAAAAGUUAUUGCAAACUGCUUACAUUCACCAUAAAAUAACAUUUAAAUCAAAUAAUUUAAUAUUAGUGAAAUGCUUCUGAGUGGAAGAUACUUACUGAUGCGCAAAAUAUACUUGGAAUACGCAGCUGCUAGUGUAAAAUUUAUUACUAUACGAGAUUUUCAUCUCACUUGUGCUUCGUUAGUUAGAAGAGCAGCAGCUACUGUCCGAAAGCCAGAUACAGAUGUGAGAGAUAACUUGCAGCAAAGAACUGCGUCUGAUCAUACCGUUAGUAGUAAUCGAAAUUUUUAUGGAAUUGAAAGCGACGAAGGUGUAAUUAUUAUCGACGAGAAAUCGUCUUCACAUAAAGAUGGGAGGAGUUUAUUGGAACUUAAAAAGCGGGAAGUAAAAGAAGAAGAAAAACUUCAUAGCAUAGCUUUUGGUCUUGUGCGUCGUGAUUCUGAAAAUGUGCCUAAGUAUCAUGGCCAGUAUGAUUCUGAUAUUAAUCCUGUAAUUAUAAGCAAAAGACGUAGUACUCCUAGUAAAACAACGCAUGAUACAAUCUUUACUAGCAAAGAAAACGAAUCCAUCGCUAUUGAAAAAAAAUCUGCCAGAGUUGAAGGUAGUGAAAGUGAGAAAACUUUUGUUCAGGUACAUGAAAAUCUUUCAAAUGUCGACAAAGUAUUUAAUUAUAAUUCAGAUAAGCCUUCCAGUUCUUGUGAAAUGCUUACCACUUCAGAGCUGCCGAUUGCUACUCGAGAUUAUGCUCAUGAUCCUGCUGUAAAUAAAAAAAACAUUUUUGUGAGUGAUUUUGAAGACUAUGAGCUAAAAAAUAAUUCUAAUAAAUGGAAUUCUGUAAUAUCUAACUGUAAAGAAAAUGUUGCAGAUGAGAGGUAUUCUCAAAAUAGUGUGAAAAAUGAGGUUGCUGAUCAUUGCAUAAAUAAAGCUGAUAUUAAAGAUAAUGGGAGCUUCAUUGAUGAGUGUUAUUUUCAUGAUAAUAUAAUAAAGGAUGAGAAUGUCAGUUGUCAUUCAAAGACAGCUACUACAAAUGAUAGUUUUAGCUUUAUAGAUGAAGUUUAUUUUCAAAACCAACAACUGCAAAGUAAUGAUUUGCUAGAAGCUGGAUCCCAUGCAACUGUUGAAAAAGAAGAAAGUAUUUUACAUCCUGAGAAAUUUAAUAUUAAGUCUAAAUUCACAGAUAUUAAAGGAAAUGAAAUACAGGAUGUAGAAAGGAAUGAAAAUUCACCUUUUGCUUCCUCUUUUGACAAAACAGAUGGAGAAUUAAGUGAUGCAUAUCCAUAUGAAGUUCAGGAAAAAGAAGUAACAUUAGAUAUCCCUAAAAGAGGUGUAAAUUUUAAAGGGAAGCAAAAUUCUCAUCCUUCUUAUGAGCCUUCUAAAGCACAAAAGUUAAGUUUUCUUGAUGAAUUAUGUUUUCAAAAUUUAGUAGAGGAUAAGGAUAAACAUUUAGAUAUUGGUUUGAAUUCAUACCAGCAAAAUGAUGCUGUAUUAAACUCAUUACCCCAAAAAAGUCUGAGUUCUAUGUCAUGUGAUGAAACAGCUGCUAUCUAUCAAAAUAAAAUAUCCAAUGAAGGUCUGCAAUCAAGAGAAAAAGUGUUACCCUCUACAGAGUCCAAAUCAGGUUUUGAAAGCUCUUUAAACCACAUUAUUUCCAAAACUGAGCAAUAUGAGUCUGAAAAAAACUCAUUACAUACACAGGAAAUAAAUGCACCAAAUAUUCCUAAAACAGAAACAGGAUCUCGAAAAAGAUCAAUACGUAAUGUAAAUUUGAGUGAUGAAUUGAGUGGGGCUUCUGUAAAAGAUGAUACACAAAAUCAAGUUGCUAAACUUGAAACUGCACAUGAUUAUGUAGAAAAAUUAAGAAAAGAAAAAAAAGUAAUUCAUCAUGAAAUAAAAAAAGGUAAGCUUCCUGUUCCUGAUGAAGAUUUACGAGAUAGUAAAGGUUUUAGAAUUUUAAAACAUCAAGUCCCUAACUUAUUGAAUUUUACUCGAGAUGAAAUCUUAGAAAUGCUAACUCAAAGAGUUCUGUAUUCUGAUGAUAAUGUCAUUGUUCUCAAUAAGCCAUACAAUUUAGUGAUUCAUGAAUCUGAAACUGCUAAGGAUGCUUGCUUGUCAUCAUAUUUGGAUGAUUUGGCUCAAGAAUUAGAUAAGAAAAACCCUCAUCCUAAACUUUAUACUGUUCAUAGGCUAGAUAAAGAAACCACUGGAUGUUUGUUACUUGCAAGAAAUGAAAUUACAGCACAAUAUUUGAAAUCAUUAUUUGCUCAACGUAAAAUUUCAAAAACAUAUUGGAUAGUUACUACAAAGGUACCUGAGCCUGAAGAAGGCAUCAUUGAUAUUCCGAUUGCUGAAGGAUUUGUUGAAAAAAAGUCAAGAAUGGUGCUUCAUCCAGAUAUACCUGAUGAUGUGCCAUAUAAAAACCAUUCAAAGCAAGGUAAAAGAGCAGUUACUUCAUACAAGGUUCUAUCUGUAUCUGGUAAUGCUGCUCUUGUAGAAGUGAAACCAGAAACUGGAAUUAAACAUCAAAUCCGUGUUCACUUUGGUUUUGGCUUGGACUGCCCAAUACUUGGUGAUCACAAAUAUUCACAUCUCACCAAGUUAGCACCACAGAAACUACCAAGUGACUUGCUGCAGAAGUUAUAUGUCAGGCAAAGUAAAGUACGUUACAUCCCUUUACAUAUUCAUGCUCGAAACAUUGUAGUACCAGAAUACUUGGAAGGAAGGAAUUUGUUUGUUAUGGCUCCUUUACCUCAACACAUGCUGAAGAAUCUAAAGGCUCUAAAAUUAAAAAAAUAACAAAUUUUCAAUUACUUGAAUUGAAUAUAUUUAGAAUAAGGAAAUGCCAUAUUUAAAUACUGAUGAUAUAAUCUUUUCAUUUCAAAUAAAUGCAUAUUUUUUAAAGCUAC